AUGACCCUACAGACCGUAACUACUGAAUGCCAACGAUCGCUGAACCUGAAACAUGACGCGGGGGGGGGGGGGGGGGUGGGGGGGGGGGGGGGGGGGGGGUUGUGGGGUGGGGGGGGGGAGGGGGGGGGGGGGGGGGAGUGGGGGGGGGGGGGGGGGGGGGGGGGGGGGUUAUGGCUUGGAGGUAAAUUAAAAAAAAAACAUCGAGAAACACACAAAACAAUCGUCCCAUGUGCCACAUCUUUAGUGAGUCCCUCCCGCCAAUCCUUCCCAGCCAUCACCCCCCUGCUAUGGUCCCAACCCCCAUUAAACACGAGAGCAAACAUGGUCCAUGGCACAGCCUUUACCCCGCCCUGGCUCACCCCCAGUCUCCGCCACUGGCUAAUGGAGAAUUAUAGGAGAGAUGUGCACUAUAUUUCUGUCAAGAUUACCCAAAAUGAAUUUCCAGCCCGCACCCCCGUAAGAGACCUCCCUAGACCCACAACGUUGCCCCAACUGUCACCCGCCCUGCCUGUUAUGAACGCACUAAAAACCCACACUCAAAUCGAGCCGAAGCAGCACCCUCAGAACCAGGGGCUGCCAGCCAAACGCGAAACUGAAACCCGCAUUCCCAAAACUGUACCCGGGGGGGGGGGGGAACCCAAUAGGACCUCCCCACUCUUACCCUGGUUCAAGCGGCCUACACAGCUGACCACUGUGGCACGCAGAAA